CCAGGCACAUGGCCACGGACUCCCUUGCCCACCGUCUCCAUCUGACACUCUCUCAUCACGUCAAUCAAUCUUUUCCCUGUCCGUCUGUCUGUCCUGCCCUACAUAUGCGUGGCGUGACUCUACUUGAAGAAAGCCCAUCGUGACGGCGAGGAAGAACACGUCAAUGUCGUGCAUGGAUCCCAGCAAUCAGUUCUACAUCCUACCGGACCAAUGCCCAACCGCCAGAAAGGCUCGCUCGCCCUCUCCACUACACAUCGAAUGCCUGCAAGAACUGCAAAGAGCAACGGCAGCUCUCGUUGUCUCCGAAGCUCCGCCUCGAUCAUGGAAGUCGUCCCUUGCAAAGCCGCGAGCAGACGGCGAGACUCGAUGCAGCAAACGUGUGCACUUCAGCGAGCGUGUAGGAGUCAGGAUCAUUCCCGCGCGCAAGCUUCCCGCUCUCGCCGCCCUGGACCUGUACGACAUCAUGGCCGCAAGUGAUGAAGACUUUGCGUCUUUUCUGGGCAGAGGUCGGCAGCCAGACUCGCCUGUUCCAUGGCGCAAACCCAACAAAACGAGCCGGAGACCGCGAGAACUUUCAUGGAGCGCGCUGUCAGCUGCGCCUCGAGCCCGGUAUCAGAUGUUGUCGAGCUCGCGUUCGCCACAGGUCACACGAUCCAGAACUCGGUCCACGCUCUCUGCUUUGCCAUGCUAUCCCAGUGACAUGCGAGCUCCUCCAGUGUGCAACGCACGUCCGACACAUGACAACCACCCGUUAACACCUGGUCCUACAACACUUCCAGCUGGCAUGAAUAGACGCCAUUCUGAGCGCGCCUUGUCGUCUGUACGCAGUCGGCAAGCCUUCCUCCGAUACCUCCGGCAGGUGCGACAACGCCAUCAUGUCCAAGUGCACGACACUCCUUUGCGAAGACGCCAUGUUCGACGGUGUGGUCUGGCAACAGGGCGACCACGCAGUCGUGCAGAUCGCCCAGUCCGCGUGACCAAGCAAGGUUCCGAGGCGAGGCACGCGAGCAAUCACAUUCUCUCUGUCUGUAGGAUGGAAAUUGAGUCUCCUGAACAGCGACCACGAUCACCACCACCACAACAUCAGAAUCAGAGGUAUUCGAAUGUAAUCAUGCGUUCGAACAUGUCGUCCCCCGAGAAUAUACAGCAGGCAGGAGUUGCAUUUCCGCGCAUGAAGACGUAUGUUGACCAUAUCCGCGAGCAGAGAGGUGCACCCCGGCCAGUAUAUGUGCCACGUGUAUCUGCGCCACUUCUCUACAGCACUCAAAACCCGGUGGGUGAUAGGCGAUCGGCUGCUGAAGAUGCGUAG